AUGACUUUGACCAGUUACCGAGGGCCCUGGAGCCGCCGGCGGGGAGUCGCGGUUGGCGGGGCUGCCCUGCCAACCCCGGACCCUGGGGUCCCAGGUGCUGAAACUGCGCGAGUUGUACCUGCGCUUAAUGACACGGUAACUAUCCGGACAAGGAAGUUCAUGACCAACCGACUGCUUCAGCGGAAACAAAUGGUCAUUGAUGUCCUUCACCCCGGGAAGGCAACAGUACCUAAGACAGAAAUUCGGGAAAAACUUGCCAAAAUGUAUAAGACGACACCAGAUGUCAUCUUUGUGUUUGGAUUCAGAACCCAUUUUGGUGGUGGCAAGACUACUGGCUUCGGCAUGAUUUACGAUUCCUUGGAUUAUGCAAAGAAAAAUGAACCCAAACACAGACUUGCAAGACACGGCCUGUAUGAGAAGAAGAAAACCUCAAGAAAACAGCGCAAGGAACGCAAAAACCGAAUGAAGAAAGUACGGGGGACUGCAAAGGCCAAUGUUGGUGCUGGCAAAAAGCAGCAUGAAUCAGUGCACUGCGGCACCCGUCCAGGAGAUGUGACUUGCAUCCCCAACAUCUACCUGAUUGCCGUGUCUGUGUGCGCAAGGCGCGGGAUGUGCCUGGCAUACCAAACUACCGCCUGGGUGCUGCAGCUGCCAGCCACGGAGAUCCUGCCCCGCCUGGCCCUGCGAUGGAGCCUGGAGUCCGUCAAGGCCACAGCCGCCCUUUGA